ACAUCCCCUCCUCUCCUUUUAAAACCCCCUCCUCUCCCUCCCUCUCUCCUCAUAACAUUUCAAAGCUGGCUACCCUCUUCUUCCCCACCACCACACCAACCAAACCUCACUCUCCCUUCUUCCUCCUCUAACCCUCUCCCUUCCAUGGUCAUGGGAGCCUUCCACCACUUCCAACCAAUCUCCAAAUGCACCACCGACCAACGAUCACACCAAACCGUCGCCUCCGACCUCGAUGGCACCCUCCUCCUCUCCCGCAGCGCCUUCCCUUACUACAUGCUCGUCGCCAUCGAGGCCGGCAGCUUCCUGCGCGGCCUCGUCCUCCUCUCCACCGUCCCCUUUGUCUACUUCACUUACCUUUUUGUCUCCGAGCCCGCCGCCAUCAAGACCCUGGUCUUCAUCGCCUUUGCAGGCCUGAAGACCAGGGACGUUGAGAUGGUGGCGAGGUCGGUACUUCCCAAGUUCUACGCGGAGGACGUGCGUCCUGACGCGUGGAACGUGUUCAACGCGUUUGGGAAGCGGUACAUUGUCACUGCCAGCCCUAGGGUGAUGGUGGAGCCAUUUGUUAAGACGUUCAUGGGAGCUGAUAAGGUGCUUGGGACCGAACUUGAGGUUACCAAGUCGGGGAGGUUCACUGGGUUUGUUAAGGAGCCUGGGGUGCUUGUUGGGGUGCAUAAGAAAGAAGCUGUUGUUAAGGAGUUUCAAGAUGAUUUACCUGACUUGGGACUAGGGGAUAGUAAAAGUGAUCAUGACUUCAUGUCUAUUUGCAAGGAAGGGUAUAUGGUGCCAAGGACUAAAUGUGAACCACUACCAAGAAACAAGCUUUUAAGUCCAAUUAUUUUUCAUGAGGGUAGGUUUGCUCAGAGGCCAACUCCUCUAGCUGCCCUCUUGACCUUCCUAUGGCUUCCAAUUGGCAUCAUACUCUCCAUCCUAAGGGUCUACCUCAACAUCCCUUUGCCUGAAAGAAUUGCUUGGUACAACUAUAAGCUAUUGGGAAUCAGGGUCACUGUGAAGGGUACCCCUCCACCAGCCCCUAAGAAAGGCCAAAGUGGAGUCCUAUUUGUUUGUAACCACCGCACAGUUUUAGACCCUGUGGUUACUGCAGUUGCACUUGGAAGAAAAAUCAGCUGUGUCACAUACAGCAUAAGCAAGUUCACUGAAAUCAUUUCACCAAUUAAAGCUGUGGCCCUCUCUAGGGAAAGAGAGAAAGAUGCUGCCAACAUCAAGAGACUCCUUGAAGAAGGGGACCUGGUGAUUUGCCCCGAAGGUACAACUUGCAGAGAGCCAUUCCUUUUAAGGUUCAGUGCACUUUUCGCUGAACUCACUGAUAGGAUUGUCCCAGUUGCUAUUAACACAAAGCAAAGUGUGUUUUAUGGGACAACGGUUCGUGGUCACAAGUUGUUGGACCCCUACUUUGUGUUCAUGAAUCCCAUGCCCACAUAUGAGAUCACUUUCUUGAACCAGCUUCCCAAGGAGCUCACAUGCAGUGGAGGGAAAUCACCAAUUGAAGUUGCAAACUACAUUCAAAGGGUUCUUGCAGGGACUUUGGGAUUUGAGUGCACCAAUUUGACAAGGAAGAGCAAAUAUGCCAUGCUUGCAGGAACAGAUGGGACAGUUCCAUCUAAGGAGAAAGCUUGAAAUAGAGAGAGGGACAAAGUUUACCCUUUUGAUUAAUUAUUCUGUAUUGGUGCCCAAUGUGUUUCCAAAACACAUAGAAUUAUGAUAGAAAUAAAAACUGAUGAUUGUGGCUGAUAAGAAGAAGAAAAAAAAAAUAUUAUAGUUUAUGUAUAUUUUGUUAUUUUGAUAUAUACCAAUCAUAACUACUGUUAUUGGGUCGGUCCUGAAAGCUAGUUAGUACUUCUUUUUUCCUGAAA